CCAUUCCUAUCUUCCUUACUUCUUUCUUCCUUCUCCAUCCAUCAACUCAGUAUCUUGUAACAGUAGACAACAGACUGGGCGCCCAACGCCAGUCCAGUCCGUAUAGUCAUGCCCUUGUACGAACCCACUACCCCUCCAACACCUAGUCCUGCUCCCAGGCAGUUGGUUUCUCUUCCUCAUCGCGCUGUCACUCAACGAUACCCAUUCUCCCGUCGGAUGCCCUCUACACGACCAUCGUCCGCCUCAUACUCACAAUACCGCGAUCCAGAUACCGACGCGUCUCUGUCAUUCGAUACUGAUGUUCCUAUCGAGACUCAGAGCUGUAUGAGUGAAGACUACUUGGAUUCUGGUAGUGACAUUGAAAGCGUUGUCGACGCCGGUUCUGACAACCAAUUGGCGGACGAUGAAGACGACGAAGUGGACAUUGAUACUGCUUUACAAGAAAGUGCGUCGUUACCUCGAACGCCGAUUCUAUUUGCUGGAAAGAAACGAGCCAGGGACUGGGAGCAAACCCUAGAGGGUGACGGGGAUGAUGAGGCAGAGGCAGAGGUGGUUUUAGGGUGGCCUGUUAGAAAGGGAAAGAGUGGAAAGAGUAAGGCUGUUGGCAGAAAACCUAACAAGUUUGCCAAAAGGCUUUCAACGUCUAGCAAUGAGAAGAUGGCGCCCGCACAAAUGGGACGUGUCGUUUCCAUGGGUGGUAUAACCAAAGGCAUCAGCGAUUUGAGUGCCUCUAGCACCAUCAUUUCUAUGAACGUUGACAUCGCACACGCGAACCCUACACAAGACUCGGCGCAUACAUCUGAAGCCAUCUCUCGCGCUGCUGGCUGUAGAAUCACUUCUAGGCGUCUCAAAAACCGCCAUAACUGUUCUAACAAGCGAGAGAAGCGCAAGCGAGGCACUCGUCAUUUUCAACAGCUUACUGCGAGCGAUGAUCCCUUUGUCACUCUUCCUGUUUUGCAGAACUGGAAAGGUCUACAGCGGUUCAACACCGAGGUUUCUGAAAUGGAUGUCAGCGAGGCUGAGACGGAUAGUCGGUAUGACAGCGAUGCUACGAUGAAGUCUGCCUCGGAUAUUGAAAGGUCGACCAUUGAUGUCAUUGUUCCCCGCGCUGUUGUCAAGUCAGAUGUUCGCCCUCGAUACGAGCCAGAGCAGCCUCUCAGCAACAAGCAACUCGCAUCCCUCGAUUGUGAGCUCACUAAAUCUAGUCGAGGUAUCCAGCGCCUUCCUCGUCAUCGCAAUUUCCCCGUCCGUGCUGCUGGUCAACAUGGCACUUCCCAGCUUCGUCGUACAUCUCCCACCUCCCUUCUUCCCGCCCGACAAGUCAUGACUCGCCGUGGCUCCCUUCGCGCACCUCUUCGAGACUCUUUCAGAGACUAUCUCGACAAUAUCCGGCCUGGUGCAGAUCGACGCGUUCCGGGAAGGUGCGAGUUUACUCCAGUCAUGUCAGGGGAACUCUUCAUCGCUCUUCUUCGUGCUAAGGCAGUUGCGCGCAAAGCUCGCCGUGACGCAAUUAAAGCUUUCAACGAGAGGACUAAAGAUGGCGCCUGGCGCGCCUGGGUCGGCAAUUAUGCUCUGAGAGAGUUCAUUCCUCCCGUGAGACAGUGGUGGCUUGAAGACUUGGCUCCUCAAGAUGAAGAGGCCGCGGUCGAAAACCUUCUUCCCACCGACGAAAUUAGGGAGCUCCCUUCGUCUUCUUUGGCUGACUGUACAUACGAAUCGCAGCCUCCUACUCGCAAGCGCACGCAUAGCGAGACACUGAUGUCUGACUCUAUGCCCGCGGAAGUGCCUGCUCCAGAUCGUCAAGUCCGUCAGCGCACUGUGAUCGAGCCAUACAACGCAUCUAGCCUCCGUCGUCAACGUGCAUUUGAGACAGCUCGUCGAGUUCGCGAAGCGGCCCAGCAAAGUCUCCUGGAGAUGCUUCGCCUUGAAGCUGAGAGGAUUGCUCAUGAAAGAGAGGAAGAAGAAAGAUUGCGAGAAGAGGCAAGGUCGGCGGAGUUCAGAGCGGCUCAGGAGGAGGCGGAUGCAAGGAUUGCCAGAGAGUUAGAGUUAGAGGAAGCCGCCAUCAAUAACGGCCCUGAAGUUGAGAGCGUGGACGAUGAACCCGACGAGCCUCGUCGAGCGCCAAGUCCUGCCAUCACCGAAGCUUCUAUCCGUUCGGAUCCUCCACCGUACGAGCCUCCUUCUCAACCCCGGAACGAACCUUCUGCGUCGCCUUCAGCCCGAUACAUCCCCUAUCGUUCUCGACCUCGUACACCCCCUCGCGGACCCGAGUCGCUUCCGACAUACACUCUCGACCGCUGGUCGGCGAGCUCUCCUCCUCCCCCACCUCCGUACAAUGCUCAGACCGAUAGGCAAACCAUCAUUGCACCAAGAAUUGUCCCCGAAGAGGAAGCACCUCGAGAACAUGAAGUCUACCAUUUUGGUGGUAUUGUUCGACGAUGUUCUUCCGCUCGACGAGAUACAAGUCCGGGACCUGCUCAUCGAAUUGCUGGUGCGUAUCCCGGUCCCUCGCAGCAGGUCAGGAUCAUCGCUCCCGUUCCCGAGAGACCUCAUGUCGAUGCUGCGCGAGCAUUUGAGGUUGCAGUUGAUUUGGAAGAAGGAGAGGAUGUCGAGCAGGAAAUUUGGGAGGAGGAAAGAGGGGAGGAUGAGCCACAGCCCGUCGGCGCUUUGCAGAGAGUUUUGAGGUUUGUUUGGGGUCGAAGGCAAUGAGCAUGAUACGCUGAGGCUGGUCCUUGAGCUAAAAAUUUCCUUGGUUCUAUCUUUUCAACGUAGAAUACACGCAAUUUUAUAACGACAGGCAAACAACAAAUGUUUACUAUUAUUCAACCAACCUCAAAGUCUUCUCGUCAACGUCAUGUUGCGAUAGGUAUCAUAUCACAUAAUAUGGUCUUUCAUGAGUUUUGGUUGCAUAUUUCUUCUGGGAUUCUCGUAACCAUUUAAGCCCAUAGAAUAAUCAAACUUCCGUUGCUUACCGUUCCAAAACUAAGAACAUUCUGGGGGCUCAGAUCAUAAUCAUAGCUACAUAAGGGCGUGUUGUGACCAUUUAUUUGUACAUGUGUAAAUACCUCGCUGUCUGCAGUGCCACCCCGCCAUUCGUUAGUCGUUGCUGCACUUUCCGAUGGUUACGUAUGUUGCACCCUUCAGCCACGAUCAGCAAUGAUUUUGGCCAUGCUGAUGGGAAAAUCGAAACCCGGGAUUCAAUUUCGUUCCUUGUAGUUCACUACCUCCACCUCCUCCACAUUCCACUUUGCAUCCAUAUUCCACUUUAUUUGCCUCCACUUUGGAAAACCUCCACCUUCCUUGUGAGGCGGCGACGUCAGAUAUGUUUACGUAAGUAACCACAUGCGGCGCUUCUUGUGCGGCGGGUGGGAAGUGAGAUGGAGGUGGAUGAU